AUGUUACGAACUAUACUUCUCAGACGGGCGCACUUUCUUCGGGAUCGAUAUUCUCAUGUAGAGCGGUCAAUUUCGCAUCUGCGAUACUGUUCAUCAAGCACUUUCAACCAUCCGCCAUCUUUUCCUGAGACGGAAGACAAGGAAUGUGCUGGACGUGAUCUAGCAAAGCUUGCCAAAAUUUCGGGUGUCCUACGCCAAGCCAUCCAAACAAAUGCCCAGGAAAUGGGUUCUCCUCCGGAGCUAUUAGUACCACUGGAGCAAGAUGUCAUGGAGGCCCAAGAUCUCAUCAGGGAUACCCUCAGAAAAGCAGGAAAUCCUUGCAGUAUUGAAGAACUGGAAGAUCGAAUCGAACAAAAUGUGGUGUCCAUACCAGUAGAGGCAUUAGACUACAAGGGCCUUCUGCGGGCGCAAACGCUUCGCGAUUCGAUCGAGGGCAUUCUUGUAUCACUCCAAGUCAUGCCCCCACAGGACACUAUGCUUCCGGGAACAGGGAAGCCAUUCAGCAGAUUAGAGCGAAAGGAGCUACGAAGAAGGCAAGAAAGAGAAGCCAGCAAUAUUGCACCUGAGCAGUCGUCGCGCGAGAGCAGCGAGAACUUCGAUAACGAUGCCGCUCCGACUGAGUUACGCACUCCCUCAAGAGAGGAGCUUGCGAGGCGGAAAGCGCAUUUGGAGAAUUCCACGUCUAUGCAAGAAAUAUUGCAAGGGUACGAUACGGCAUUGCUUGAAGUAGGUCGCGUUCACAAAGUUGUGAAGGGAGGUACUACAAUGAGUGUGCGCGCUCUGGUAGUCAUUGGAAAUCGCACAGGCACGGCUGGUUUUGGUGAGGGUAAGUCUGAUACAGCUCAACAUGCUAUUGAAAGAGCCUGUCGCGAUGCGAAGCGGAACUUGCUCAGAGUAGACCUACAUCAAGAUCGCACCAUUUAUCAUCGUGCGAGAGGAAAGUAUGUCAGAUCUCAGGUCACGUUAUGGCCAGCUCCGAAAGGGACGGGGAUCUCUGCGAACAACAACUUUUCGGCUAUAUUCCAGCUGUUCGGAUUAAAGGACGUGGGCGCCAAACUGCAUGGACCAAGAUCAUUGAGCAACGCAGUUAAGGCGCUUUUCAAUGCCCUUUCGCAAGUGGAGACACCGGAAAGUAUCGCACGGGCGAGGGGAUUGGAGGAAAUAGUGCGACCUGCGUUCAUCUCUAGAGGUACUGGUGUGCGACGAUGUAAGUUGCAACGAUUGUAGUAAAACGAUUUGAACACCUGACCCUGUGGACAGUCAUUCGAUGUAGUCGUCAGUUUGUUUUUCGCUUAUUUAUCCCUGUCCAAGUGAUUUGCUCGUUAACUCACUAGACCAUUUGCACAUGGCUCACAAGCCUCA